AUGGCAGACAAGACAGAAAUACCACCAGCAGACGGGGAGCCGCGGUCUCUGGCACACUCCAUUAAUACUGCGAUCGCGUCGAGCCACACAAAGAUCAAUAGGCUGAUCCUCGACCGAAUGCCCCAUGCCGUACCUCCCCAGGCAGACAACCCCUCGAUUUACAUCACCGGCUUGUUGCACAUUGGCGCCGUCUACGUUGCCUUCGAGUCCCUCUGGCAGAACAUCAUAGGCGUCCACACCGAGAUUGCGCCCCUGUCAUAUACAUAUCCUUUCGCCAACGAUACAAACACCAGCAGUCCCGGGCUCAACCAUGGACCAGCACCACCCCAGGUUACGGAGCGCGCCCGCCAAAUCCUCGAGACGGCGUACUGGCCCAACAUGUUGCGCGCUGCUCGUGUGAAGGCUGACAUCAGCGCCAUGACAGGCUGGCCAACGCACGUGGUAGACGAGCAGCUGCGGUCCGCAGGCUCCACUGGCGCGCUGGAGGCUUUCCUGGCACACAUUAAAGAUGCCGUCGAUGACAGGCCGCACGUCCUACUCGCAUACGCCUACAGUCUUUACCUAGCCAUGCUGUCCGGCGGGUCGUAUAUCCGAACCGAGCUUAUGUACCUGACGGCUGACUUCUGGCUGGCCGUCCCCAAUCCUGUGAGGCCAGGCAUGGUACCUUGUACUAGGAGUCCCGGCGACGAGCCAGAGAGGUUGAGGCGGCACUCGACGUUCGAAUGUGAUUCAGGAGCACAUGGACUCGCCGGGGAAGACCCUUCAAUCACCCUGCCGCUCUCGUUCCUCGACUUCGACACCCCGCUCGGUCACGAGAACCCACGGCAGCGGGCCAAGGACCUCAAAGCCGAGUUCAAGAGGCGGUUUUCCAAUGCAGAAGAGGCUCUUACCGAGUCCGAGCGGCGCGACAUAGUCGCCGAGUCGGUGAUCAUCUUCGACUACCUGGAGUCGGUGGUGGGGCAGUUGGACAAGAUUUGCGGCGGCGGGGCAGACGCCACGCAGCAGGGGAGAUCAAGGCGCCAAGCUGCCAAAGCAGAACCGCAGCCGGCGGGAAUCGGGUCCCGACUGAGAGACAGCAUUGCUAUCGCCAAGGGCAGGCUUUUACGGACAAUGAAGAGGUCUAGCGGUGCGAGUGGCUCCGUCACGGCCACUACACCGUCGGCAGCUAGGACGGCCACGACGUCCACCAAGGACACCACCGCGAGUCCACCUGAGAUAUCCGAGAGGUCUGAGGUGUCCUCGGUUUCAUCAGGUGGGCUGCCUAAGGAAGCGCAGGAAGACGAGACUGACGCCCACCUCGCGCGCGACGCGAUCGUGCCGGGCGAGGGUUUCCGGACGGUUCGGUACGAUGAUGACAAUAGUCAGGCCAAGAUGACACGGCGCGAAGCUGGAGGCUAUGACGGCACUGCAGACGAUGACCAAGGCAGCGUGGGUCGGGAUUCCCAGGCCUGCCCAAUCUCUCGGGGCCCUACCCGACCUGCGAAGCAGAGCCUUGGAAUAUCCGCCAUGAUAGUGGGAGACACGGAGCGAAGGCCAGGCAAUGCCCUGUACGCCGUUGUCUCGAAUGUCGCUGUACUGCUUAGCGUUGCCACGGCUUUCGCUGCGUACCUGUACAUGCGGCGGAGUGAUGGCACAACAUGGACAGUGCCAAGUGGUUUCACGGGAAAGGAUUGGUGA